AUGCCAUCGUUAGUGAGAUUGUUGCUAACCUUAUUUGUAGUUAAAGAUGCUGUUAUCGCCUUGAUUCGUUGCAAAAAAUGUGACUAUAACUUCGAAGCGGACCAAGAGAUGUGUAAUCAAGAUUGUCUGGGAACACUCUGUUUCUACUUGGAAUACUAUUACACUCAACCUGAACGACUAUUCACGCGUAAGGGCUGCAUAAGUGGAGCAGCGCCGUCGACCGGCUGUCGACGUAACCAGGAUGGACAAGUACUAUGUUUAUGCGACACAGAGCACUGCAAUCGCGAUCAACUGCUGUUGUUGACGGGAACUCCUCCCGUACAGUUGCCGCUGCAAGUGUGCAAGCGCGAAUUAGUGAAUGGACUCGAACCGUCCAGCCGAUGGACGAAACCGUGUGCUGGAAACUUUUGCAUUUAUAAAAAAAGCAAGUUCGCCCUUGAAAAUGGGACAAAAGGAUACGCUCAUUCGAUGGAUUGCUCGACCAGUAGCGAUUUUGACUUGUUUUAUUCCCAAGUACCGUUUUCGAUAUAUCCAGAAUCUUGCGCAAAACUCGAGUACGGCGGUCAACCAGAUGAGACUAUCUGCUAUGGAUCAAUGUCUGAUGCGUCCGCGGCCGUGUUUUCUCAAGAAGCUCUGGUGGAGUGCCAUGCAGACUUUCUUUCCCGGCAUUUACCAUAUAUUCCAGUGAGGAAACUUUGCAAAGGGCAAUUCUGUGUAAUUGCAGCUUCUCACCAAGGAGAUGUGUAUCGGGGCUGUUUAACAUUGGAUCAGGAAAAAACAGAGCGCAAAAUCGCUCCAGGCUACUACCAAUCCUACAACGGAAUCGAGCAAUGGAUUUGUGCUGCAUCGAGUUGUAAUUACAAUCUCCAGAAAAUGGAAGAGUCAUGGCCCGAAGAGUUGGCUACGUUUAAGAAUAUAACACGGCUUCAAAUAGAUAGCCUUUUUGAGGAGCUAAAUACGGCAAGUGAUAUUUCGAGGCCAUUGAUCUUCGCUAUUUUUCAUUUAUUAAUAACAUAUAUUAUUAUGAGAGUGAUCAAAAUCUUGCAGCGAUAUUCGAAGCCAAUGCAAUUAGCCUUUAUGGAGUUUGAAGCUGCUUUCGAUUCUCUUCACCAAGACCGUCUUCUCAACGCGCUUCGAGCCGAUGGAGUCCAAGGAAGGUUCGUUCGCUUACUUGAUGACAUGAAUCAACGAACAAGUGCUGCAGCGGAGGUGCAACAGCGUUUGAAACGGUGGCUAAACAUGGCUGUAGCACAAUCAAGGUACCCUGUGACUGAUCUCGACUACCCCGCCGACGUUGUUACAAUCGCGGAGAUUAGAACGAAGCUUCAACCUUGUAUCGCAGCUUUUUGCCCCUACGCGCUAAUAGACUUGGGUAACAUCAUCUACGAUAAUGAAGAAGCUUGA